AAUUUUUGAGAUAAACACAAUAAAGAUCAAAAUCUUCAUCAAUUUCUUUUAGCAGUAUUGUCAGAAAUGUUAGAAAAAAACUGUAACUUGUUAAUUUUAGAUGAUGUGUGGGAGUACAUUUCUCUUGAAGAUGUUGGAAUUCCAGAUUUGGUUGGAAGCAACAGUUGCAAGGUGGUGUUGACAACACGUUUUCAACAUGUUGCUCGGCGCAUGAAUUUCAAUUUGGAGCCUCUUUCGGAAAAAGAAGCAUUACAACUAUUUUUGAAUAAAGUUGGAAGUGCAGUUUUAACUGCUAGUGGAGGCAUUAUAAAUACACUAGAACCAACUUUGAGACAAGUUGUGGAGGAAUGUGGAGGUUUGCCUCUUGCUAUUGUUACAGUUGCAAGUUCUAUGAAAAAGGAAUCUAGCCCUCAGUUGUGGCAAAAUGCACUAGAUGAGUUAAGAAAUCGUAGAAGAAUUGUGGCUGGUACAAUAGUUGUGGAAGGUUCAAUGAAUGAUGCAUUUGAGAUAUUAAAAUUCAGCUUUGAUCGUUUAAAUGAUGAAAAAAUCCAAGAUUGCUUCUUACACUGUGCACUAUAUCCUGAAGACUUUGCAAUUCGAAAAAGGAAGCUAAUUGAGUCUUGGAUUGAAGAAGGAUUUAUUGCUCCAAUGGAAACUAGACAUAAGAUGAAUUGUCAGGGCCAUGCUAUUCUAAGGAAGUUGGAAGAUAACUGCUUGUUACAAAUAGUUCAGACUGCCCAAAGUAGAAUAUUUGAUGAUGAAGAUGAAAAAGCUGUGAAGAUGCAUGAUCUUUUGAGAGAUAUGGCUUUGGAUAUCACAAGCAAGAGUCCUCGGUUCUUGGUAAAAUCUGGCAUGAACAUCAGAGAGCUACCAAACAAGGAACAAUGGACAGAGGAUUUGAAGAGGGUUUCCUUGAUGAGGAAUUCAAUGGAAGAGAUUUCUAGAGAUUUGUCUUCUCCAGAAUGCCGAACGCUUACAACCUUGUUGUUGUCCCAUAACAGCUUAUCAAACCUUCCAGAUUCCUUUUUUGAGCAGAUGAAUGAACUCAAGAUUCUUGAUCUCUCCAAAAAUUAUGAAUUGAAGAGUCUGCCAAAUUCCGUCUCCAAAUUGAAAAACCUCACCACAUUGCUAUUAAUUGGUUGUAGGCAGCUAAGAAAGGUGCCAGCUUUAUCUAAUUGUCAAGCCAUAACAAAGUUGGACUUUAACAGGUCUGGAAUUGAAGAAAUCCCAGAAGGUAUGGAAAUGUUGGUAAAUCUCAAAUAUCUUAAUCUUAAUCAUACAAAAAUAAGAAGACUGCCUGAAGGAAUAUUACAAGGACUAUCAUGUCUUCAGAUACUAGCAUUAAGAAUAACAGGGAUACAAGUAAAAGGGGAAGACUUAUGGCCACUAGAGAAAUUAGAAUGCUUUGGUGGGAUGCUAAACGAUUGGAAUGAGUUGAGCAUUUUCUGCAAAAUGAUGCAAAGCAGAAAGGAACGAAUCAGAGAUUAUUUACUCGAUAUUGGAUCUGGAGAAGAAGAGAUUGUCGAAGAAACAACACUCGGCCGGAGAUGGGUUAAAAUAUCAUGUCUACCAAUUGCUUCUGAAAAGCGUGUUCCUCUACCCCACAAUGUUGAGACAAUUGAAUUCAGAAGAUGUCAUGACUUCAAAUGCGUAGACCAACUUUCUUUCUUGAAAGAUACAGUCAACUUGACAACAUGCCUGCUUUCUGAGUGUCAAAGCAUAGAGUUUGCUUUCUCCUCAUUGUUCAACUUCAACCCGCUUCAAUCCCUUCAGUUUCUGGUGCUUGACCAAUUAGAAAACCUAAAAUCCCUUUUUGAAGAAGAAGCUCUGGCUCCAUCAGCACUUUCUUUCCCUCUGAAAACUAUCUCUAUCAUGGAUUGCCCUAAAAUAAAAAAGUUGUUCUCGCCUAGGUUGCUGGUUUGGCACCUUCAGAAUCUAGAAUCUAUUCUAGUGUUUGAUUGUGAAGAAUUGGAGGAAAUAAUAGCAUCUGAGGGGUCCAAAGAAGAAGACGGUAAACUCCCUCUCCCCAAACUGAAAAUUCUCGGCCUGAGAAACAUGCCCAAAUUGAAAAGCAUCUGUGGCAGAACCAGAGUGUUGGUGUGUGAUUCUCUUGAGGCUUUGGGAAUUGUUGAUUGUCCAAUGCUGAAAAGAGUUCCUCUUUCACCUCCUCCUUCUCUAAAAGAUAUCAAGGUAUCUUCGGAAGAGUCAUGGGAAUCGUUGGAGUGGGAGCAUCCCAAUGCAAAGGAUAUCCUUUUGCCCUUAGUUGAAUUUGAUCGUUAGGAUUGAAGAACUUCAAACUACUCGGUGAUUCACCACAAACAAAGACACCCUAUUACAUGUUGGCCAGAGCAAUGAAAUGAAGCAAGAUGAAUAAAUUGCACCAUUUUUUUCUUGAUUUGGGACUUCGUUUUUUCCUUUGUUGUGAUUUCAAAUGUCAAAUUCUAAAUGCAACGUUUCCUUUGUGUGGCUUGCAUUUCAUUCUAUGUGAAUUAUGUGGUAAAAAUUGUUAUGUUUCUUUGUGUGUAAUUUUAUAGUUCUGUUUGUAAUGAAGUUUAUAUUUUUUA